CGUAAAUAUCGAAAUGUUUGAAUAGAACCUUGAAUAAAGAAUUACAUUUGAAUACUACUCGCGUUUUCUGAUAUAUUUUAAUAGAUUAGCUAAGCUUACAUCUAUAACAACACUUUUUCGGUAAAAGACUGUAGUUCUUUGUUCAGUACUUACACAUUAAUAGUGAGCAGUGAAAAAUAUCGAAGAAUUUCCAAUUUACAAACGGAAUAAGUGCUGGAAAAUGUGAAAAAAUUUUGAACCGAUUUAAAUAACGUGGCAGUCUUGAGUUAAAGAAAACUGAAUUAAUGUUCUCCACACCGGCUUUGCGGCUCUGAAUCCGGCUCUCAUUCCCCUCAUCUAUGCGCAACUAAUUUGCAAUGAUGAGUUAUCAGAAAGGUCUCAAGGAUCCAAGCGUGGACAGGCACACGAGUAAAGCCAAAUCCCGGCAUUUCACGGUCAACGGUCUUCUGAGUGCCAAUAACACGCUCCAGCAGCAGCAGAACCAAUACAACCUGCAGCCCUCGAAUGACAGUCGUAACAUCUACAACAAUCCCUAUAUACCGCCGCAGCAGCAGCAGCAACAGCAACAGCAGCAACAGCUGCAGCAGCAGACGCAGCAGCGCACCGCCCACCUGUUCAAGGCCCUGGCUGCCUCCGCUGGCGGCACCAACAGCCUGACCCAUCCCUACGACUUCUCCAACUCAUCCUCCUCCUCCAACGCCAACAACGAGCACCAGGGAUCAUCCUCGUCGGAAGCGGAGAACGCCUUCCUAACUCAUAAUAACGGUGAGUCUUCCGAAGAAUCCAAGUCUUGGGCUACCCACACUUCCUGUACAGGCAAAAAUCAUGGUGUUCGAACUGCUAAUUUAUGUUUACACGGUGGAAGGCCGAAGAUUGUUUACGAGGCACUUAUAACCAAAAGCAACUAA